AUGGACACCUACAUACCCGGAUCACGCGACCCAUCCGGUCGGGAGCGCACCGACAGCUGGACCUCAGCCCACCGGCGCAGGUCCCAGUCUCCGCCCGCCCGCAAUCAACGCGACCGUCUGCCCGAUCACCACCCGCCUGGACACGAACGCGAUGGUCAGCGCCGCUCCCGCGCCGAUCAGGACGCUCCUCCGAUCAUCUUGGCCAGGAAGCCUUCCACCGCUGGCGCCUCCAGCCUACCAUCGAGACCAGACGCCUCCACAUCACGCGCCGCCUCCAUCCCUUCCUCCUCCUCUUCCUCCACUACUUUGUCGCGCGCUGAUCUCGUCUCCCGCAUCGUCGCAUCCGCACCGGAGCGCUCCCUUUUCGAUGGCAUGGAAGAAAAGCGAAGGGCCAUCGCAGAGCACCGCAUCGAGCUCAGUGCGCUCCUCAAGAAGAUCAAGCAGACGCAGGACCUUCUCAUCAAGGCAUCCGCCUCCAACGAACAGCAACUCGCCUCCUUCCUCCGCAAAUCCCAGCAGUCCCAGUCCGAUCUCGAGCACAAGAUCGCCGUCGAAUCCGACAACCUAUACCGCAUGCAAGUAGAGUGGCAGCUCGCCCUCACCGAAAACCUCAUUCCAUCCCUGAUCGCCAGCUCAUCCCUCCCGCCCGACCCCAGGCUCGAGGAGCUGCGCGCAGACAUGCGAGCCGACCAGAAGUUCGUUCGCGACGUCGACAGCAGGACUCGCGUGUGCUCGGGCCAAAUAUCCAGGUUCCAGAGCGACCUGUCAAAGGUCAGAGCCGACUGCGCCGCCCUCUCCAAGGACCAAUCGUCCACCCUCGACCGCGUCGACCGCAUCGCCAAAGACGUCCAGGACACCCGCGUUCAGCUCAGCCAAGAUCUCCACGACACCAAAAGGGAGCUCCGCAGGGAUCUCGACAAGGACGUCGCCCAGAUCACCCAAAACCAACAACGCAUCCGCCGCCUCGAGAAGGACUUCGGGUCCGUCAAGACAGAUGCCGUCACCGCCGCCUCCCGCGCCCUCUCCACCGCCUCCACCAGCCCUCGUCCCUCGCAUGCCUCGUCAAUGCGCGCCACCUCGCCCACCCGAGAUCCCCGCUCCCGCCCCACGCCCAAACCGUCCACGUCCACGUCCGCAGACGUUGCCUCCACUGCUUCCUCCACCACUGCCAGCACUUCCGCUCUCCCAGCCACCACAGCCAACGCCGCUCCGUCGCAAGCUGAAAAGACAUCCACCCACGAGUUCGUCACGCGCACCCAGUUCCGCAAGUGGAUGCGCGACUUUCAGCGCGACCUCGAAAUCCAGUUCGACGAGCUCAAGGACCUCGCUGUCCAGGAAGCCACCGCAGAGAACCAAGCUUGCAUGGAGGAGCGCAUUCAGGCCCUCGCCCUCAAGUGGAGGAACAAGUUUACGGCCACUUUUGGCGACAAGGACGCCGCCGCCGAGACAGACAAGCAGGCUACGAGCGGCUCCAACGCCAAUGCCGCGCCAUCCGAUACAACGCCCAUGGAUGUCGACGCGUCGGCAGCGCCAAACGCGGCACCCGAAGUCGCCGUCGCAGUCGAAACACUACCUGCGCCCGCUCCAGCAGCCGCGUCCGCAUCCGCAUCCGCAUCCGCAUCCGCAUCCUCACAGCCUUCACCAGCGCCGACGAACUCUGCAACAGCCGCACCGCAAACCACAUCCACCGACGCCGCGACAUCCGCAACGCAGUCAAACUCGACGUCGGUACCAACACCAGCACCGGCACCGGCAUCCGUAUCUUCGCCCUCGCCAGCCACGAAUGCUGCCGAUGCGGUGGUCGCAGACGGCUCGUCCGUGACAGAUGCCGCCAAGUCGCAGACCAACGGCAAGACCGCGCCCGUGCUUCAAAUGGUGUUCAGCAUACUCGAGUCUUUCAAGACUCAGAUCACCUCGGUCGAGUCGAAGCUCAAGGAGGAGCUAGACAGCGUGCGCUCGCAAGACCGCAAGGAGUUUGACGCUCUUCUCAGCUCGCCCGAGCAGCUCAAGCAGCUUGCAGCGGCGCUCAAGCAGCACAGCGACACUGCACCCGCCGUGGCUACCUUGCCCGACGCUGCCGACGCGGUCUCGUCGGCGGUUGUGUCGGGCAUCCGCGAUGUACAGCAGGCGCUGGUGGAACGGCUCCAGGUAAUCGAGCAGUGGAAAGUCGAGUUUGUCGUCUACGUCGACAAGAAGGCCGCCUGGUUGCAAAAGCAGCUCGAGGUGCUCGAUGACCAGUCGUCGCUCCAGGGCGCGCUGCUCAUCAAGCUUUCCGAGCACGCCAAUCCGCGCCGCCUGCCGCCGACGACGCCUGCCACGGCGGUUGUGCCAACGCCGCCGUUGCCCUCGCCUGUUGCGCGCGCGGCGAUGCCUCCGGUGGUAACUACGCCAGCUCAUGCAGCAGCGCAGCCACAACCUCGUCCGCAGCCCCACCCGCAGGUAUAUCGCACCGUGCAACAGCAACAGCCUGCGGUGUUGAAUCCGAGUGUGAUGGCGCAGCCGGUACAGUCUGCCUCCGACGUGGCCGCGCUGUCGGCAGCACACAUGUCCGGCGUUUACAAUCAUCCUGCCCACGUGCAGCAGCACCAGCAGCAGCAGCACCAGCAGCAGCACCAGCAGCAGCACCAGCAGCAGCACCAGCAGCAGCACCAGCAGCACCAGCCGCACCAGCAGCAUCCCCUGCCCCAACGCCCUUACUCGCACUCCGGCCCGGGCUACCCUUGA